AUGUUUUGGUCUUCGAAGUCCAGCAUCAGCUCUAAUUAUUCAUACUCCUCGUCACCUACCUUCACUUCAGAGCCUUGGAACGUACAUUCUGGUAGGCCAAAGAGCUCCGGAUCCUCUUCGACCACUUCCAAGGUUUCGGUUUUCAUAUUCGACAAAAAACAGUUUGAGAACAACCUCCUGACAACAGGGGCGAUAAAGUCUCGUUCCUCCAGUAGAGACAAGCAGUUCAUUCAAAAUGCCUACGAUAUACUGCGAGCGCAGGUAAGUCAGCUGGCGAAACUCAAGCACCCAAACGUGCUUGCGCUUAUCGAGCCUCUCGAAGAACACUCCAAAAACUUCAUGUUUGUGUCCGAAUACGUGAGUGGCAGUUUAGAGUCUUCCGUCCUGGAAGCUAACUCUAGCGAUGGUGCCGAGAUGCUGAGUUUGUCCGGAUCAGGAGACGUGAUAACGCAACGCGGUAUUCAACAACUAUCUCAGGGCCUUGAUUUUAUUCACAACCGUGCAAACUCGGUUCUGCUUGACCUCAGACCAACAUCCGUGCUGAUCAACGAAAACUCCGAUUGGAAGUUGUCAGGCUUGGGUCAUCUUACAAAACUGCCUUCAGGUGCCAACUCAGGUCAAUACAGCCCAGACUUUGACCCGCGCUAUGCUGCUUUCAUGCAUAUACCCCUUAGCUAUAGUGCCCCAGAAUUGAUACUGGAGAAUAUGCUUACACCAAGAAAUGAUUAUUUUUCGCUCGGUUUGCUGAUAUAUUUCUUAUACUACAAAGCGCACUUGUUUUCUUGUAAGGAUUAUAUUGGCGACUACAGAGAAGAGUAUGGGAGGUAUGAGAGAGACCUGCUGCGAUUGACUCCAGAAAAAUACUUCUCCAAGGUACCUGACAAGCUGAGAUUUAGCAUGUCCAAGCUAAUGAACAGAGAUGUCUUUUCAAGGUUUGAUAAUAUACAUGAGUUUCUCGAAACUGAUUUCUUUCAAGACCCGUUAGUGAAGACCUUAGCAUUUCUAGAUGAUCUACCAACAAAAGAUCUACAAGAGAGAGGAAUUUACUUGAGCGGGCUACUGGACAUCUUGCCGCAAUUCCCAGCGCAGUUACUUCAGCGAAAGUUUUUGCCUGUUUUGUUGCAUCUGCUCGACCAAGUCUGCUCAUCGGAUACAAUAGACUAUAAGGGCCUCAACACGCUUGUGACACUGAUAUCGAAAAUCGGGGCAACUUUGUCACAGCUGUCGUUUCAAGAGAAAAUAUAUCCGCAUCUUGUUGCAAAAGACAACUUCAAACGGCUAUUAGAGAUUGCAACAGCUAGUAUGAUCGAAAAUCUGGCCACGCUACAAAUGAAAAUCAAGGGUGAACUGUUCACGAAUGAAAUUUUGAAGCCUCUGUGCACACAUGUCUUCAGUGACAGUACUGGGGAAACAGCUGUGGCAUUGCAAGAGUCAUUAAUGGGCAAACUGGACGUUCUGUUGAAAGCUUUUGAUUUCGCUACCGUGAAGAACUUUUUGUUCAAUUUGCUGUCAAAGUUGUUCGUUAAGACCACAAGUCUAACCGUUAAAAGUGCAUGUGUUGAUAGUUUUCGAACCAUGAUUGAACAGAAAGCAAUUGACAAGUUUAUUUGCAUCGACGAUUUACUUCCUUUGUUCAAAUUAAUGAAGACUCGAGACCCUCGUAUCCUCAUGAAGUCUCUCGAGCUGCUUGUUUUGCUGCCCAAGUUGGUCGAAACAGAGCUAGUGUUGGUCGAUCAGCUUUUACCUCUACUCUGGGACUUCUCUAUGGCCCCAAAUUUGAAAACUACGCAAUAUACUCAAUUCACAAGCGCUAUUAAUAAAAUCAGCGCUGAGAUACAGCAAGCUCAUUUGGCCAAACUCAGAGCUUCCACUGGAAAAGAGGCUAACUUCGAUAAUGUAAUAGAGAAACAUGUUCCGAAGUUGGAGGAUCCAGACUUACAGGCGUCUCAUAAAAUAGAUGUUCCUGCCAUACUCCCGAAAAGCCAGAAGGGCUCAAAUCAACAAGCAAUGUCAAAGCCGUUACCCAAACCAACCGUGUCGGUGAACAACAGCGCGCAGAGCUUGCCACCCAUGAAAGCAACGCCACGAUUAAACAGCAAACCUCCGUCCAGGCCGCUGGUGCUAAAUAAAGGCUCGGCUUCCUUUACAACGAGAUCCGGGCCCACAUCCUCUCACUCGAGAAGUAGCAUUGUGAGACAUGAACCUGAAGACGUGGACGACUUCGACGAUUUUGUUUCGUCUAUUCCCUCGACGCCUAGUCUUCCGUCUGCGAUUACUUCAGCAAACACAACAGCAGCAUAUCCACCUGGCUUCUCAAUGACAAUGCAACCGCUGAAAAACUCGAUGGCCCGUCAAAGCUCGUCGGUAGCUCCUGGCGAGUCAACAUCUUUAAUAUAG